AUGACUCUACACUUUUUCUUCACCACUGGUGCUGGUAUGAUUCUUAUCCUUCUUUAUGUUGAUGACAUGAUCAUUACAGGAAUUGAUCUCUCUAGUAUUCGCGAUCUUCGGCACUUUUUGAGUCAAAAUUUUGAGAUGAAGGACUUAGGGCAGCUUAACUACUUUCUUGGUCAUGAGGUUAUUUCCAAUUCAGAUGGUUAUUAUCUCUCUCAGGCUAAGUACGUGCCUAACUUGGUUUCCAAAGCAGGCUUGACCAACAGCAAAACAUGCACUUCUCCACUUGAGCCUAAUAUUAGGCUUCUUACUGAUGGUGAAUCUCUUCCAGAUGCUACUCUGUAUAGACAACUGGUCAGUAGUCUCAUCUAUCUCACUCUUACCCACCCAAACAUUUCCUAUGCGAUUCACUUGGUUAGCCAGUUUAUGAGUGCACCUCGCUCUACUCACUAUGCUGUCGUUCUUCGUACCUUACCGAUCGUCGCUCCACCAUGGGUUAUUGUUUCUUACUUCACACCUCUCUCAUUUCUUGGCAUAGUAAAAAGCAGACUGAUGUUGCCCAAUGCAGUACUGAGACUGAGUAUCGUGCCCUUGCUGAUACUACAACUGAACUUUCAUGGUUACGAUGGCUUUUGA